AUGACCACCCCAAUUCCCUACGGCGCUCCCAUGCGCCAACACUUCUGCCUCGACCCCAACUGGAAGAACCUCAACCACGGCAAGCCCCUCCCCCGUUCCCAUUCCCAUCUCCUCAAACGUUUCAAGCCUCCUAAUAAUGAUACCCCAGGAUCCUUCGGCACCUACCCCCUCCGGGUCCAAACCGCCCUCCGCGCCCACCAAAGCACCGCAGAAUCGCACCCGGACCUCUUCAUCCGGCGCCUCUGCCCCUCUCAAACCCAACACUCCCUCAAGUUACUCUCCACCCUCCUGCACGCGCCAGAAUCCUCUCUCGCGUUCGUCAAAAACGCCACCACGGGCGUUAACACCGUCCUGCACAACAUCCCCUUCACAUCCAACGAUGUGAUCAUCUACUUCGACACCAUCUACGGAGCAAUCGAGUACGGGCUUCUUGCCCUGCAGGAACGGACCGGCGUGAAACUUCGGAAGGUGGAGUAUACGCUUCCGAUAUCUCAUGGGGAGAUAGUGAAGCGGUUUAGGGAUGUAGUGGAGAAGGUGAGGGAAGAGGAAGGGGGAGGGUUGAACGUUAAGGCAGCGGUGUUUGAUAUGGUGGUUAGUGUUCCUGCGAUCCGGUUCCCGUUUGAGGCGUUGGUGAGGGAAUGUAAGGAGUUGGGGGUGUUGAGUGUGGUUGAUGGUGCGCAUGGGGUGGGUAUGUUGGAUUUGGAUUUGGAAGCCUUGGGGGUCGAUUUUUUGACGAGUAAUUUGCAUAAGUGGCUCUACAUCCCCCGCGGCUGCGCCGUGCUCUACGUCGCGCCUCAACAUCAACAUCUCAUGCGCACGACGUCGCCCACUUCCUGGGGAUAUAUAUCCUCCGCUGCGGCGGAGGAAGCGCGUACAAAUGGCACCACUGCGUCUGCGUUCAGGAAUCUGUUUCAGUCGACGGCUACGAAUGACGACACGCCGUAUUUGUGUGUGCCUGAGGCGUUGAAGUUCCGGGAGGAGGUGUGUGGUGGGGAGAAGGCUAUUUAUGAGUAUUUGGAGAGGUUGGCGAAUGAGGCGGCGGAUGUGGUGGCGGGGGUGUUGGGGACGGAGGUGUUGAGGGAUGAGGAGGGGUUGUUGACCAGGUGUGCGAUGACGAAUGUGAGGUUGCCGUUGAAGGUUGGUGAUGGUGGUGAUGGUGAUGGGUAUACGGUGGUGGAGAAGGAGGCGGUGGGGAAGGUGACGGAGUGGUUUCGUAAUGUUCUCAUGGAUGAGUAUAAGACGUUUGUGCCGGUGUUUGAGUACAAGGGGUGGUUGUGGAUGAGGUUGUCGGCGCAGGUGUAUUUGGAUAAGUGUGAUUUUGAGUGGUUGGGAGGUGUGUUGAAGGAGUGUUGUGAGAGGGUGGGGAGGGAGGUUCUUCAGAAGUAG